AUCAGAGCAGACCCUGAAGCAAGUAUUGCUUUCUCUACUGAUCCAUGCAAAAUCAAUUCUCAUUUACACAUAGUACUCUUCCUGGCCUGUUGAUAGAAUGGACCUGAUAGUAAUGCAAAGAUGAGUGCAAAGAUGAGUGAUGAUACAUGUAGAGCUAUUAAAAACCAUAGAAGUGCUAACACUAGUGCGCCUCACAGUCUACAUUAUUAUGUGGGGAAAAAAAUACACAUUUGAAUAGCAAAAAAGAACAGGUUUACUGCCAUAACCAUUUCGUCUGACCUGCCUUAAACCUCUUUUUUACUUUUUGGAUUUAAAUGAAACUUCAAAUAAUUUCUCUAGAAAACAUGUAUGGGCAUUCAGGGUUUGUUGGUUUUGAAAGUGCUGCAUCAAUGUAGACUGUUUUGGUAGCACUGAAUUUCACAUAGCUCUGAACCAAAGGUGCUCCUUUGCAUUUAUUUGCAUCUUUUGGACCAGGUUUUUCAAACUGCACUGUCAGCAUUUCUGAAGAAGUAUUUAAAAAGUCUUUUGAACUGUUGGAAAUGCUUGAAUACUUCCAAGAGGCCUUUUUAAUGCUUUCUCCCACGGAAGUGGGAUUUUGUGACCGUGGUUCAAAGCCGAACCUUCCCUACUGCCCUUGUAGAACCUUUGUAGUACAAGUCACCUGCAGCCACAAGCUGGGUAAACAAUUUACCACGCCAACAGUAGGCGGGAACGAGAGAGUAAAUUCGUGUUUUACCAAGUAAGGCUUUCUGACUACCUUCGCACGUCCAUUUCACUCCCCAAACCAGACUGGCUGUCCCAACUCGGCCUGAAGGGUGCGGGAGUGGAGGGUCGGGGAGGCCGCACGGGCUCGGCCGCGACCGGGACACCCGCGCACACACCGGGCCAGGCCGCUCCUGCCCGCCCCCCGGCCCGGUUGCCCUCCGGAAAGCCCCGGGCCUCCUUCCCCUCCGGCUCCCAGCCAGCACUAACUACCGAAGGCGCGGGAUACACCCCGCAUUCCCCCAGAGAAGCAGCUGCGAACACGAGGCUGGCCCCAACCGCAGGCCCUCCCCCCAACAGCUUACGCCCAACCCUCAGCCAACCCAGGAACCGGCUCUUCCCGCACUCGCCUCGCCUUGCCCAGCCCCGCCCACGUCCGGCUGAGGCAUGAGCUGUGCUCCCGCCUGACCCGGGAGCAGCCGCUCCGCCUUCAUCCCUUUCUCCCUCCUAGGACCAUCCCACCCGUAACUUCACUUCCGGGGCUGCCAUUUUGGGCGGUCCGUGGCUGGUCGGUGCGGCGGGGCGGGCUCGGCCCGGGCCGUGGUGCUGUGACAGGGGCUGUGACAGCCGCGGGGGGACACCUGCGCCGGGCACUGUCGGGGCGCCGCCGCACGGGCAGAGCCGCCGGCCGGGGACCGCAGCGCCCGCCUGGCCCCGCCAUGUCGGACUUCGACAGCAACCCCUUCGCCGACCCGGACCUCAGCAACCCCUUCAAGGAUCCUUCUGUUACACAAGUGACAAGAAACAUUCCUCCAGGGCUUGAUGAGUACAAUCCAUUCUCUGAUUCAAGAACACCUCCACCUGGAAAUGUGAAAAUGCCUAAUGUACCCAGUACCCAGCCAGCAAUAAUGAAACCAACAGAAGAACCAUCUUCCUACACGCAAAUAGCAAAGGAGCAUGCCUUGGCCCAGGCAGAACUGCUAAAGCGUCAAGAAGAACUGGAAAGAAAAGCAGCCGAACUAGAUCGCAGAGAAAGGGAAAUGCAGAGUCUCAAUCAGCAAGGGGGUAGAAAAAAUAACUGGCCACCUCUCCCUGAGAAUUUUCCUGUAGGUCCUUGUUUUUACCAGGAUUUUUCAGUAGACAUUCCUGUAGAAUUCCAGAAGACAGUAAAGAUUAUGUACUAUUUGUGGAUGUUCCAUACAGUGACACUGUUUCUUAAUAUCUUUGGAUGUUUGGCCUGGUUUUACGUUGAUGCUACACGAGGGGUUGAUUUUGGAUUGAGUAUUCUCUGGUUCUUGCUUUUUACCCCUUGUUCUUUUGUCUGCUGGUACAGACCACUUUAUGGAGCAUUCAGGAGUGACAGUUCAUUCAGGUUCUUUGUGUUCUUCUUUGUAUAUAUCUGUCAGUUUGCUGUACAUGUACUUCAAGCUGCAGGAUUUCAAAGAUGGGGAAACUGUGGGUGGAUUUCAUCUCUUACUGGACUUAAUAAGAGUAUUCCUGUUGGCAUUAUGAUGAUAAUCAUAGCUGCACUUUUCACAGCAUCUGCUGUUAUCUCACUAGUUAUGUUUAAAAAGGUGCACGGGCUGUACCGCACAACUGGCGCGAGCUUUGAGAAAGCGCAGCAGGAGUUUGCCACCGGAGUGAUGUCCAACAAAACUGUACAAACUGCUGCGGCCAACGCUGCCUCAACAGCAGCCACCAGUGCAGCUCAGAAUGCCUUCAAGGCUGUGCAUGGGUCAAAUGGGAAAUGGUUGGUUUAUUUUAUUAUAAAUUUAUUUAUUUUAAGAAGAAAACCAUUUUUUCCCCUUCUUUAACAUGUUGAAUUCUGCAAUGUAAAGCUUUACAUAUUUUAUGGAGGAUAAAUAAUUUCAAGAAUUUGCCUGAGAAUGAACUCUGGUAUAUAAUGAUCAAAUCAAUGUAGUAAGAAUCUUGAACGCUUUUUAGCAAUUCACUCCAGUUUUUUUUUUAAGUUCAGGAUAGCAGUUUGGAUUAUUUAUUUUUCUUUGCAAAAACUGAUUUCCAUAUUUCUACUAUAAGAAGUGGGGUAAUACGUGGUCAGUAAGAAGUGACUGAGAGAUAUAGUUAGGUUUGACUACUGUUUUUGCACUUUCAGCAGCUGCUGGGGGUCAAAUACAAGUACAGUAGAGAGUAUAAAUUCUUUUCUUGUUUGGUUUUGUUUUCUUUUUAUUAGGUAGGUCUUUUGAUAUAAACCUGUAAGUUUGCAUGAAUACUGUUGAGUUACCUGAUCUUGUUUAAGUAGUGUUUUGGUCCAUAAUUUACCUGCACCACUUUAUAGCAUUUGUUUGUAUGUAUUUCCAUGGACUAUUCUCUACCUGUGAGAAAUUACUAUGUGGCAUAAACAUUCUCUGUAAUAGAAUAGUUCAGUUUAAGGAAGUUAACUGGUGAUUUAAAUCACAGAGCUAAAUGAUUACAUAUUUGCUACUUUUAACUUCAGUAUUCACAUAUCCCCUGUCCCCCUUCUAUGUGCAGUGGUAUUUUUGUUUUAUUUGGGAUUUUUUUGGUUAGUUUUGUUUGGGUUUUUUUUCAAGUAUAGAUUUAUAUUUAACAGUGGUACUAAAUCUCUAGCCUGGACAGUCACUCUGUUUACUGCCUGUCCAAAACACUAUAUAUACAGUAUUUAAUUUUCUAAUUGGAAUAUUGUCUAAAACCAGGCUUUUGAAGCAAUGGCAUUUAACAGAUACUUGAAUGAAUUUUAAUAUUAACUCAGCCAUCUCUGUGAUGUGGUUUAAGCUAUAGGAAAAAAGCUUUUAAACUAUUUUGAUUUGGCAAAGUGAGAGAUGUUUAUCUUUAAUAAAGUUAAAUUUUAACUCAUUGAAUUGGAGGCCUAAGAGGUUGGAUUGAUGCUGUGAAACUAACAAUCCAUAAUGGUACAUACCAUCACAAUAUUCUAGAAUAUAAUAUUGUCAGAACUUGGUAUAGUAUGAGUUUCUCUGCUUUGAAGACCUUACAUUUUUGGAUUGCCUCAUGAGACUUACAUACAAUACUUAGACAGUUUUUCAAACUCUUCCAGAAAAUGGAAAGAUGACUUCCCACAACCUGUGUAAGUACACACCAUGGCUGAAAUUAAUUCAGCUCUUAAGGUGAAUCAUAACAAAGCAUAAAGCUCUGAGGCCUCUCUACGUUCUGAAAGUGGACUGAAUUUCAAUACACCGUAUUCUGUUUUGAUACACUCUAUUCAUAAUAACAGAAGCUCAUUUAAAAACAUACUCCCCUAGCUUAAUUCUUGAACCAGUAAUAUACUGUUAGCAUGUUUCUCCUAUUAGUCUCCUUUAAUUUACUAAUUUCUUUAAACCGCACUUGAAUUUGAAAAAAGUCAUAGUUUCACCUAUGCUGAAGUUCAUAUUAAUGAAUAUACUUGCUUAAAUAUUCUAUCUAACAAGUCUGUUAAAAUGUCAUAAUAGUGGACAUGCUAACAUUUAACUUAAAUUUGCGUGGAAUGUUUUUAAAGCUUUCCAGAUGAAAGUCACUGUUCUCUGCUGAGAUUGGGGGACCAUCAUUCUAGAAGCUAUAUAUCAAGAUUGUUCUUUUCAUAUUUUAAACUUAACUUGAGGGUUGUAUCUAGGAACUCUGCUAUGGAUUACUUUUAAAUCUAAAUUUAGGGAAUUCUUUUGGUAGCUCUUGGAUUGGAAUCCUAGGGACAUCAUCCUUUCAAUUUAACUGAAGUUGAAGAUUACAUAAUAGCAUAGAUUACUGUAAAAAAACACCAAACACAUUAGGAAUAAAACCUGAAUUUGACAGGUAGAUUUUUUUCUCAAGUGUUUGAAGGUUCCUUUGAGAAAACAUAUGUAGUGUUCUGUGUAUAAGAAUUGUUGAUUUGUAAUAUCAUGGGUUGAAUGUACAGAUUUAAGCCUUCUGAGUGAAAUUCAGGGUUGUGUCACAUGUGAAUUCCUUAAACCAGAAAUCUGUGACACUUUGCAGCCCAAAAGGGAGGGAAAAGUUUGUUUAACUUUGACAACAGAAGGCUGAAAUUUGUUAAAAAUAUUUUGUACCUAACAAAAAUUAGAUUUUAUGAUCUCUUAUUAAUCAGAGUAUGGCGCCCACUUGAGUUGUCUUUUUGUAGUAUUGUGACAAACAGAGUACAAGGUAUGAAGUUUAAACACUGGAAUGUCAGUAGUCUUUGAUUUGUAAGUUAGGAGUUGUUUUUAUUUAUCUGAAGAUGUUUGUAUAUUUUGUAAAUUACUAACAAUGUUCUGCCAUCCUGGUGAAUGUCCUGGUUCCAUACAAAUGCACUUCUUCUGUCCCUCUGUUGCAUGUCUGGGUAGUUCAGAAGUUUUGUAUAUUUAAUGUAUUAACACAGUGUCAUAGAAUAAAAAAAGACUUUUUUCCUAGGUGUUCGCUCUGUAUAGUUUUGACCAAUAAUGGGGAUUUUUCUUCUAACAGUCAGGGUGAUGUGCAGGGACGAUGAUCUAUGUAAAAGUCUGACUUGCUUUUUAUAAUUCUGUAUAUAGAUGCUGUAUUUCUGCUGAAAUGGUGAAGCAAAAUGUCCACUAUCAAUAAAUCUGGUUAAAGAGAAUUAGUCUACUCAACUGUUACGAAGAAAAUUCUUAAAAUACAUGCAGCUUACCUUCUUGUGCUGUAAACUCACAAGGAUUAAAAUUAAACAUGCUCUGUCAUGACUGAAUGGAAUUCUACAGGUGUUAAGUGACUCUUAAAACAUUAUUGAAAGUAAAAUGAAGUUGCUGAAAAAA